UCCAUCUACUCAGUAUCUUCUCAAAGUUCAAACGAAGCUGUUAAAUGUGGGCAUUAAUUUAUUUACUGUUCGCGAUUCCCGCACUGAUCGCAUACAUCUUGCAUCGCAACCUCAACUACUGGAGGAAUCGUGGCAUUCCUCAGGAAACUCCGCAUCCAUUCUAUGGCAAUAUCAAGGGCUUCAAAAAGGAUCGUGUCUUGCACAACAUUCACCAGGAAUACUACAACAAAUUCCGUAAAUCUGGCUUCCCCUUUGUCGGCUUCCACUUCUUGCACAAACGCAGUGCCUACAUUAUCGACUCAAAGUUGGCCAAGAAUGUACUGAUCAAGGAUUUUAGCAACUUUACCGAUCGCGGUCUCUUCCACAAUGAACGUGAUGAUCCUCUGUCUGCGCAUCUCUUCAACUUGGACGGCAAACGCUGGAAGGAAAUGCGCCAAAGACUUUCGCCCACUUUUACUUCCGGUAAAAUGAAGUUCAUGUUCCCCACUGUCAUCAAAGUCUCUGAGGAAUUGGUCAAUGUCAUAAGUGAACAAGUUCCCGCAAAAGCGGGAGGUUCUAUCAUUGAGAUUAAAGAGCUGAUGGCUCGCUUCACUACCGAUGUCAUUGGUUGCUGUGCCUUUGGAAUUGAGUGCAACACUCUGCGCACUCCGGUCACCGAUUUCCGCACCAUGGCGCAAAGAUCUCUUACUGAAAUGCGUAAUGGCAAAUUCCUAACGUUCCUGAUCUUCAGUUUCCCGAAUUUGGCUCGCAAGCUGAGAAUUCGUAAGGUACCCAAUGACAUCCAUGAGUUCUUCAUGCGAUUGGUGAAUGAAACUAUCACCUACAGAGAGAAGGAAAAGAUCAAGCGCAACGAUUUCAUGGAAAUGCUCAUCGAAAUGAAACAAAAGGGAAGUUACACUCUAGAGAACGGAGAAGUGGUCAAGGGAUUGGACAUUGGAGAACUCGCAGCUCAAGUCUUUGUCUUUUAUCUGGCUGGUUUUGAGACUUCCUCAUCUACUAUGAGUUACGCUCUCUAUGAACUAGCUCAGCAUCAGGAUAUCCAGGAUAAACUCAGAGAUAACAUUAAUAGUGUGCUGGAGAAACACAAUGAUAAACUCAGCUAUGAAUGCAUCAAAGAGAUGCGUUACUUGGAUCAGAUCAUAUCUGAAACCCUUCGACUCUACACGAUUGUGCCGCAUCUUGAACGCAAAGCACUCAAUGAUUAUGUUGUGCCUGGUCAUCCAAAGCUAGUCAUAGAGAAGGGCACCCAAGUGAUCAUACCUGCCACAGCCUAUCACCGCGAUGAAGAUCUCUAUCCUGACCCUGAGAUGUUCGAUCCUGAACGCUUCUCAGCCGAACAAGUUGCCAACCGAGAUUCUGUGGAGUGGUUGCCCUUUGGUGAUGGUCCAAGGAACUGUGUGGGAAUGCGUUUUGGCCAAAUGCAGACACGUAUUGGCCUGGCCCAGUUGAUCAAGAACUUUAAGUUCUCGGUGUGCGAUAAGACUGAAAUCCCGCUCACAUAUGAUCCAAGGUCUUUUGUCUUGGGCACCGUUUAUGGCAUCAAUUUGCGUGUGGAGCGUGUUUAAAUAAGAAGUGUAUACGACAUUGUUAAACAUAAUAAAUAUAAAAUGUAAUUGGGAUAAAAACUAAGACAAAUGU